AUGGCGUCACUUUGCUCCUUCAUUCCGGCCACCCCCUUCCCCCAACCUACGGCGGUUCCCGCUAAAAACCCCAACGGUCAUGAUACUAUCCUGCGCACCCGUCGACUCUUAGUCCCAGCAAAAACAUUUUCAAGGGCUCUCAAUGCAACACAACCCCAAAAAUACACCUAUCCUGACCCCAUCCCAGAAUUUGGGGCAGCUGAAACCCAGAAAUUUAAAGUCGAGUUAUUGCAGAAACUGUCCAAGGAAAAAGAAACCUUUGGGAAUGACCUUCAUACUGUUGUCAAUGUCUGUUCAGAGAUAUUCAAUGAAUUCUUGCAUCAAGAGUAUGGGGGACCUGGGACACUAUUGAUAGAGCCUUUUACAGAUAUGAUGAUUACGCUUAAGGAGAAAAAACUCCCCGGAGCACCAUUGGCUGCUCGAACUUCCUUGUUAUGGGCUCAAAAUUACGUUGAUCGGGACUGGGAGAGUUGGAUCUCUAAAUCACGCAAAUUAUAG